AGUAAUCAAAGGAAGAUGAGAAGCGUUGUUUAAUCAGAAAACAGGAGCCAUGGAGAAGGCGAGUGAGAACGCAAGCGUAAGAGUUCUGUGUCCCAAACUUCAAAUAACCAGAAAAGGGCCGGGCCUUCAAUGGCUGAUUGGAUCCCCAUUUUUCCCGCCUUUAACAAUAGUAUCCACCUUCAGAUGUAUUCACAACAUGGAGAACUCUUCCUUCCCGGAUUAUAACAAAGAAUCAGACGAUAUUCGAACUCUACUAUUGAAAGGAUUUGAUGUGAUCGGUGCGUUAAUUUCUGGAAACUCUAGCUCUGAUUCUCAAAAAACUGCUCGCGAGGCUAUCGAUGCUGCUCUACAAUUGAGGAAACUUCUUUCUGAUGGAAGAGAAUUGGGGAAUCAAGAAAUUAUCGGAGCAGUCGCGGAUUCAGACAGUGGCGACGUUCAAUUUUUUGUUUCAAGAACUGGAAAUUUGAAGAUCAUUGAAUCUCUUGCUUCUGUUGUUUACGAAGAUCAUCCCGAGAAGUAUAUUUGGGAGAGGGGUUGUUUGAUUCGAUGCAAGCUUCCUAUUAGGCUGCCAUGUUGUAUUCCUGUAACUGAUCGAUCUGAUGCAGAGAAAAUGUACUUGCGUGCAGCUGAAGGAGCUGUUUCCCAAAUCAAAGAUCCACAUAUUGUAUUUAUGGUAGAGAGGUUAAGCAAAGAGACUGUAGAAAUACCUGAACCUGUCAUUGUCCGUGGUACAGAAUUGGAUUUUAAUGCAGAGCUCUCUGAUAUCAAGUACCUGGAUAAGGAAGCUACUCAAGGUUCUGUUGCAAAAAUAUCAACAUGCAGAGGCUUCUGUUUGAAAAGCAUAUCUGCUCCAACAGUGACUUCUGCAGAGAAUGCAGACACUAUCCAAGUGAGCCUUCUGCUUAAUAAAUCAGGAAAGUCUGCAAAAACCACGGCUCCUGUUGCUGCAUAUUUUCCUGCUCUGGAAGGAGCAAGACUGCUGGUAGUGGAUUUUGAGUUAGAUGUGCUCUGCUAUGCAUCCAAGGAUCUUUCACUGAUGCAUGCUGUUUCAAAGCUGAUAAUUCCAGGAUUAAUUGACCAAUUAAAUUCAAUGAAGAAAGCAAUCCUUCCCAACCUUUUAACACAACAUUCACAGCUACGGUCAUAUCAUGUCAAUCCACCUGGGCUUUUGCAUCCAAUAACUGUAACCUAUGAGCUCAGUUAUGGGGAGACUGAAUUGAAACAAGUUGAAGUCAGAAGAUCCUUGCACCUGAGGCUCGGGCUACCUUUUGAUCGCCCUCUUCUAAGAGUUGCUAAUGCACUGGAUUUCUUUGUAAAGAAAGAUAAUUCAGGGAGCAGUGCGAGACAAAAAGGCCUUUCUUUGCUUAAAGAUGUGCAUAUUGGGAUCCCAAGUAGUGGGGUCUCAGGAGGCAUUGCAUCUUUGGUUCAGGGUUCUUAUGAGUACCAUCACUAUCUUCAAGAUGGCAUUGAUGACUUGGGAUGGGGUUGUGCUUAUCGCUCUCUACAAACUAUCAUUUCAUGGUUCAGACUCCAGCACUAUACCUCUGUUGAAGUUCCUUCCCAUAGGGAAAUACAACAAUCACUAGUGGAGAUUGGUGAUAAAGAUCCUUCUUUUAUUGGCUCACGUGAUUGGAUCGGUGCCAUUGAGUUGAGUUUUGUUUUGGAUAAACUCCUCGGUGUAACUUGUAAAAUCAUGAAUGUUAGAUCAGGAGCUGAGCUUCCAGAAAAAUGUAGAGAGCUGGCUUUGCACUUUGAGAAUCAAGGAACACCUGUUAUGAUAGGUGGUGGAGUUCUUGCAUAUACCCUUCUGGGAGUUGAUUACAAUGAAAGCAAUGGAGAUUGUGCGUUUUUAAUACUCGAUCCUCAUUAUACUGGCAGUGAUGAGCGCAGGAGAAUUGUAAAUGGGGGAUGGUGUGGAUGGAAGAAGGCUGUUGAUAGCAAGGGAAAGAGUUUCUUCUUGCAUGACAAGUUCUAUAAUCUUCUGCUGCCACAGAGGCCCAACAUGAUCUAAUAGGAAAAAAGGGAAGCUUCAUAGCAAUUUGCAUGAAGUGGUAAAUUUUGAAUUUUUAGUAGUUAAGGCCACCAGCAGAAGAUAAGACCUUAAGUUUUUCCCUUAAGAAGAGUUUGUGAAUGCCUUCCUCAAAGUGCUUGAGCUUGUUCAUCCAUUCUCUACAGUUGUUUGGUAUUUGGUUUAAGAGAAAGUUGGCUUAUGAAUUAUGAUUGUGUGGCGAGCUGAGCAAUAUAUUUUUUAUUCUUUAUUUGGUAUCUA